AUGCCAAGCGAUCCCGAUGCCAGCGAGAGCUCGAAUCACAAACAGAUUGACCUCAGCUCCUCGAGUCGCCUACUUGUGUGGAAUCCGGAGCGAGGGGGCACCGACGGCACAGAGGCUCGGUUCAACUACUGGCUUGUCACCUACGACGGCUCUGUGACUGACGCGAUCGUGAAGAGGCGCAUAAAGACUCCAGGACUCCACGACUGGCACACGAUUGAAAUCAACAGCCAAAUCAUCUCAGACCAGGCAGAGCUCGACGAGGGGCUCCCGACAGUCAAAAAGGCACUCGCCAGCAUCCAGAACAAUGUCAAGGUCUGGCUCAACGACGAAUGUGGCUUCCACGUCCAUGUCAGCCCGCUGCGUGGGAAACUGGACAUUGCCGUGACGAGGAGAAUGGCAGCCUUGGUGCUUUUGAUGGAAAGGCGCUUUCUGCUGAAGCUCUGCCAUCCCUGCCGCCAAAAUUCACCGCACACGCGGCCCAUCAGCACGGACUCGGUCUUUGCUGUAAACGCGUCCGCCUCGCCCGAGGCACCUCUUGCGAGCUCUCUGGAAGGCAACCUUUUAGGCACAUUCCGGGCAAAAGCUAGGGGUAGGUCGAGUGACGAGCCGAGCAUCUUCAGAAUGCUCUGCGCCAUCUUCUCCACGGCAGACAUCAAGUCCAUCGGAAGGGGGCUGCGGUUGCCAAGGAUUGGCAGCGGGUCAUUGCUGGACGGCAACAGGGGUGCGAUUGCCGUGUCCACGUAUGACACCGUGGAAAUGAGAUACCCAGAAGCUUCUUUUGACGUAGAAUUCCUCUCGCUAUGGGUGGACUUGAGCCGGCGGGUCUUCGCCUUUGCUUCAGCCCCAGACGACGAGUACGGCAAGAAGCUGCUUGAGUUCUAUGACAUGGCCACGGCCGACAUAGAGCUGGGCUGGAUCCACUGGCUGAAGGCGGUGGGCCUGGACGAGCGGGCUGAUUUCUGUAAGAAGCACAUUAACCGCUACAGAGUUGACCUGAAGGAUCUGAACAAGCGAGGCAUUCUGCCAAAGGUCAAGUCUUAG